AACGGAUUAGCUGCAAGCAGUAGAAAGAGAAAGAGAGAGAGAGAGAGAUGGCGUCUUGAGUGGGCGAAGAAUUCAGAGACUUUACCCAUUUCUUUUCCUCUGCUUUCUCUCACGCGACAUUGUGAUCGGAAAAAUAAUAUCAUAGAUCCGUUUCGAUUCUGAAAAAAAGAACAAUAAUUAGAGGAAGCUGAGGAAUCAAAGGCAAACAUGCAGGCCAAUGCAGGAAUGGUGGCUGGCUCUUACAAGAGGAACGAGCUCGUCAGGAUUCGCCACGAUUCCGAUAGUGGGCCCAAACCCGUGAAGCAUUUGAACGCCCAAAUAUGUCAAAUCUGUGGUGAUACUGUUGGACUGACAGCCACUGGUGAUGUGUUUGUUGCCUGCAAUGAGUGUGCCUUUCCAGUUUGUCGGCCUUGUUAUGAGUAUGAAAGGAAAGAUGGGAACCAGUCUUGUCCCCAGUGCAAGACCAGAUAUAAGAGGCACAAAGGGAGUCCUAGAGUUGAUGGAGAUGAUGAUGAAGAUGAUGUUGAUGAUCUGGAGAAUGAGUUCAAUUAUGCCGAGGGAAAUAGCAAGACAGGACGUCAAUGGCAAGGAGAAGAUGCUGAUCUCUCGUCUUCCUCUAGACAUGAAUCUCAACAGCCCAUUCCCCUUCUCACUAAUGGGCAGCCGGUGUCUGGUGAAAUUCCCUGUGCUACACCUGAUAAUCAGUCUGUGAGAACUACAUCAGGCCCUUUGGAUCCUCGACAGCCAGUUCCAGUGAGAAUUGUGGAUCCAUCAAAGGACUUAAACUCUUAUGGGCUAGGGAAUGUUGAUUGGAAAGAAAGGGUUGAAGGUUGGAAGCUCAAACAAGAAAAAAAUAUGAUGCAGGUUACCAGUAGAUACCCUGAAGGGAAGGGGGACAUGGAAGGCACUGGUUCAAAUGGAGAAGAACUGCAAAUGGCUGAUGAUGCUAGACAACCUUUGAGUCGUGUGGUGCCCAUUCCUUCAUCUCAUCUGACUCCUUAUCGUGUUGUCAUCAUACUACGACUUAUUAUUCUGGGAUUUUUCUUACAAUAUCGUGCAACGCACCCAGUGAAAGAUGCAUACCCGUUAUGGUUAACAUCGGUUAUCUGUGAGAUUUGGUUUGCCUUAUCUUGGCUCCUGGAUCAGUUUCCAAAAUGGGCUCCUGUUAACCGUGAGACCUACCUGGACAGGCUUUCUCUGAGGUAUGAUCGUGAAGGGGAACCAUCACAGUUAGCUCCUGUUGAUGUUUUUGUUAGUACCGUGGAUCCCCUCAAGGAGCCUCCUCUCAUAACAGCAAACACUGUUUUGUCCAUACUUUCUGUGGAUUACCCUGUUGAUAAAGUCUCUUGCUACGUAUCAGAUGAUGGUUCAGCAAUGCUGACCUUUGAAGCCCUUUCUGAAACUGCAGAGUUCGCUAGAAAGUGGGUGCCUUUUUGCAAGAAACACAACAUUGAACCUAGGGCCCCCGAGUUCUACUUUGCCCAAAAGAUAGAUUACCUAAAGGACAAGAUACAGCCUUCUUUUGUGAAAGAGCGUCGAGCAAUGAAGAGAGAGUAUGAAGAAUUUAAGGUGCGCAUCAAUGCUCUUGUUGCCAAAGCACAAAAAAUGCCUGAGGAAGGUUGGACAAUGCAGGAUGGCACUCCGUGGCCUGGAAAUAAUCCUAGGGAUCAUCCAGGAAUGAUCCAGGUGUUCUUAGGCCAUAGUGGAGGUCUUGAUACUGAUGGAAAUGAGCUCCCUCGACUUGUUUAUGUAUCUCGUGAGAAGCGUCCUGGCUUCCAGCAUCACAAGAAAGCCGGAGCAAUGAAUGCAUUGAUUCGAGUUUCAGCUGUUCUGACCAAUGGUGCAUAUUUAUUGAACGUUGAUUGUGAUCACUACUUUAAUAAUAGCAAAGCUCUUAAAGAAGCAAUGUGUUUCAUGAUGGACCCUGCCUAUGGGAAGAAGACCUGCUAUGUACAGUUCCCACAGCGAUUUGACGGCAUUGACUUGCAUGAUCGAUAUGCCAAUCGCAAUAUUGUGUUCUUUGAUAUCAACUUGAAAGGCUUUGAUGGCAUCCAGGGUCCAGUCUAUGUGGGAACUGGUUGUUGUUUCAACAGGCAAGCUCUCUAUGGGUAUGAGCCCGUCUUGACUGAGGAAGAUUUGGAACCAAACAUUAUCAUCAAGAGUUGUUGUGGUUCAAGAAAGAAGGGAAAGGGUAAAAAUAAGAGCUACAUUGACAAGAAGAGAGCAAUGAAAAGAACCGAAUCGACUGUUCCUAUAUUUAAUAUGGAAGACAUUGAGGAGGGUGUUGAAGGUUAUGAUGAUGAGCGGUCACUUCUAAUGUCCCAGAAGAGCUUAGAGAAGCGCUUUGGACAGUCCCCAGUUUUUAUUGCUGCCACCUUCAUGGAACAAGGUGGGAUUCCACCUUCAACCAAUCCUGCAACUCUUUUAAAGGAAGCAAUCCAUGUUAUUAGCUGUGGGUAUGAAGACAAGACUGAAUGGGGUAAAGAGAUUGGAUGGAUCUAUGGGUCAGUUACGGAAGAUAUUUUGACUGGGUUUAAGAUGCAUGCCCGUGGUUGGAUUUCAAUCUAUUGUAUGCCUAUUCGCCCAGCAUUUAAGGGAUCUGCACCCAUCAAUCUUUCUGAUCGUUUGAACCAGGUGCUUCGAUGGGCCUUGGGUUCAAUUGAAAUUUUACUCAGCAGGCAUUGUCCCAUAUGGUAUGGUUACAAUGGAAGACUGAAGCUUUUGGAGAGAGUGGCAUACAUCAAUACUAUUGUGUACCCCCUAACCUCUAUCCCACUAAUUGCAUACUGUAUGCUUCCUGCGUUUUGCCUUCUCACAGGAAAAUUCAUCAUUCCUGAGAUAAGCAACUUUGCUAGCAUGUGGUUCAUUCUCCUCUUUGUUUCUAUUUUCGCUACUGGAAUUCUUGAGCUGAGAUGGAGUGGUGUCAGUAUUGAAGAUUGGUGGAGAAAUGAACAGUUCUGGGUCAUUGGUGGCACAUCAGCACAUCUCUUUGCUGUCUUCCAAGGUUUGUUGAAAGUGCUUGCGGGGAUCGAUACCAACUUUACUGUCACUUCCAAGGCAUCUGAUGAGGAUGGGGAUUUUGCGGAGCUUUAUGUGUUUAAAUGGACAUCCCUUCUCAUCCCUCCAACUACGGUCCUUAUUAUCAACUUGGUAGGUAUAGUGGCUGGUGUUUCAUAUGCCAUAAACAGUGGUUACCAGUCUUGGGGUCCGCUGUUUGGCAAACUGUUCUUUGCCAUAUGGGUUAUUGCCCAUUUGUAUCCAUUCUUGAAGGGUUUAUUGGGUCGACAAAACCGUACACCUACCAUUGUCAUUGUGUGGUCCAUUCUCCUUGCCUCCAUCUUCUCCUUGCUGUGGGUGCGUAUCGAUCCUUUCACCUCUGAUGCCACAAAAGCAGCAUCGAAAGGUCAAUGCGGCAUAAACUGUUAGUUCGAUCCAAGAUAAAAUUUUCUCCCUUUUUGGAUAAAACACCGUCACUCACCUUCACUUUUGUGUGUAUAUAACAAGAAGUUGAGGUGUUGAAGUCAUAUGUUGGAUAUGUAUUUUUUAUUUAUGUCCAAAAGGAAGUCUGUGAAUGAAAAACUGAUAGUACCUUUUUGAAUCACCAUCUACAGGUGGUCUUAUGUUUGGUCCCUAGUAAAUUAGGUUUCCCAACUUUGAUCUUAUCAUUAUUGUGCAGUAUUUGUGUUGUUUAUUGUCUAGAACAUAUAGGAACUAUUAAAGGAAGUAGUUCGUCUACCAAAGAACGAGAGAUUUGUUGAAUUAUUGCCAAUGUAUGUGUUAAAAUCAUUCUACAACUGGUUAUGAAUACAGAUUUUUUCUCAAUCAAA